GCGCAGUUUGGUGUUACACCCACUGGUCUCGACGAGCUUUUUGAGCACACUCCGCCAUGCUGCAUCACCGAGACAAACAUUCAAUCUCCUAUCCACCUAGCCAACGUCGCAACCGACAGCGCCCCGAUCAGACAUAUUGCCGGAAGCAUCUCUCCCGACUCGGGCAUCGAUUCCCGCUUGCCUGCCGACAGUCUCCAUCACGCAAACAACUAUACCGGUAGUAGUGCCACCCUCAGCGAUUGGGAGUUGAGUUUGUUCAACCGCCUAUCCCAAGCUGGCGAAGUCGCCGUCGUGCCCUCUCAAUCGACUCUUUCCGAACGAAUCGCCUUUUCAACUAUAGGUCGCGCCCUUUCACGCGACAAUUCCCAACUCAUUGCCCCCGACGCUGUUAUAGGAGGUAGUCAGCCUCGUGAUUCCGAGGUAUACUUACCGUUCCCCUCCCUGCCUCCCGGAGGUUGGGAUGAACAAGGCAAUCCCAUUUUCUAUGGCAUUCCUAAUCGCUCUGAGCCUUCUUUACCUGAGCCGGCUCGUUCUGAGCUGGACAAUGAGGAGUUGAUAGCCGAGGACCCGCUGGCUUUCGACGAGUGGGUUAGUGAUGAGCAAGUUGCCCCUGAUACCGCUGUGCUUCCGCCCUCUCUGUCUCGCUUCGAACUUCAACAGCCUCGUCUGGCCGUCCCUCAGCCGCAUUUUGCUGAACAAGGCCAUUCUAACCCUACCCCUCGAGAGCCGGCUCCUGAUCUUUUUGCCGCCGACGAAGUUCUCGCGGACUUUUCUUUUUUCGACAUAUUUGGAGAACCUGGUCCAGCUGGCCUCGCUUCCACUACGCCCGCCAUUGCAGAGCGCGCCGAAGUUGCUUCUCCCAAGCGGGCUACUCCU